CCAUGUUUCUGUGGAGAGGGAUCUUGAAAAUGAGAAGUGUCCUUUUAACAGUCAUUUGAAUUCUAACUGAGAAGAAGUUAAAAGAAGGAUGUCUCGGUUUGAUGUGGAGAAGUUUAACCCAGCCCCAGAUCCUGAUCUGAUCUGCUGUAUCUGUCAGUGUGUUUUAGAUUCCCCAAUGGAGAGUCCAUGCAGACAUGUCUUUUGCAAGAUCUGUAUUGAAACUUGGCUAACAAAUCAUCACAAUUGUCCAACUUGUCGACGCAGUUUGAGAACUCGCCGACUCAAGCCAGUCCUUCCAAUUGUACAAAACAUGAUUAAUCGCCUUCAGAUGUCCUGUGAUUUUAGCAAAAAUGGUUGCAAAGAAAUUCUUCUUCUUGAACAAUAUGAUAGUCAUUUGAAAGUCUGUGACUAUGAAAAAUUGAAAUGCCGUUUCAGUAAAUGUGGAAUUGAACUUUUACGAAAAGAUUUAAGUGAACAUGAAGAAGAGUUGUGUGAAUUUCGUGAAAAACAAUGUAACAAACAGUGUGGUCUCAUGAUACCCAUUUCAGUCUUCGAUACUCACGACUGCUUCAAAGAGCUUCAAAAAUUUGCAACUGAAAGUACAGCACUUGUUGAAACUUUGAAAAAAAGUGUCAAAGAAUUGACAGAAUUAACAAAGACAAUGAAGAAAAACUUAGAAGAUUUGUCCAGGGAAUUACAGGGAAGAAGACGACAUUCUCCUUUUCCCUGGACCUCCCCAACCUACUCUCCAUCAUAUACCACUACUGACUAUGCAUCAGAUGGGUCCAACUUUAUACUGGAUGAUUAUAGCAAUGAGAGGUUUGAUGAUGUACAGAACACUGAUCGCAGUAUUCAAGCAAUCACCAAUGCCUUGCAAAGGACCAUGGAUCAAACCAGAGACCAACGAAAUGUGAGAUUGCGAAAUGAAAUUCCUAGUAGAAAUUCAGAGGAAAUUAACUUGAUCCAGCCUGGGACAAACGUAACAAAUCAAGACAUUGUAAAUGCAAGAAUGGAAGACACUGGGGCAAAUCAAGCCUCGGUGAUGUCAAACACCAAUGAUGUGAAUGGGAACCGUAUUUUGGGAGUUAGCUCAGCAGCAGGUAGACAACCAACAUCAGAACCCAGACAAGAUAGUCAUCAAAGUAACGGAGAUAUAUCAACAACACGUGCCGGUUCGCGGUCUCGCAGUCAUAUCUGGGACUCUGAUAUCAGUGUUUUGUCAUCAUCAUCCUCAUCUUCAUCCUCUUCAUCUGAUGAUGAUGUGGAUAGAGACUUUGGUAUAGAUCAAAAUGAGGAUGAAGAGAGGGACAGAAACAGUGAUGCAUAUACAUAUUCUUUUUCGCCUACACCAAUUAAUUCACCAAAUAGAUCUAUUAGGAGUCCAUCCAGUAGUGGGUCUACAAUUCACUUUGAUGAUCAAAGAAGUCAAGGGCAUGGGGACAUCAGUUCUUUACGAGCCACAAACCGAAGUAUGUCGGAAAUAUACUCCGGUGAUGAGGGUGACAGAUCAUAUUGUUCAAGUAGCUCUGAAUAUAGAAGUCAAGCAAGGGUACAAGGCAUUCACCACCUAUCAUAUUCCAGUGACCAACAUAACCACUCAAGUCAGUCUGUAGAUUCAAGAAGGAACACCUAUAGAUUCCCUAUGGACCGAUCAGGAAAUCAAAGUGGUGAUGAUGCUGCUAGAACUUCCAACCCUAGCCUUAAUCAGUCCUGUCCCUCUUCAAAUUAUGAAAUAGGUGGGAAUACUGACAUAGACCAAUCAAAUUAUAUUUUAGAAGCUGUACAAGAAUGCAGUUCUAGCAUUGGUCAGUCAUCUCAUUCAGAAAACUCUAGAUGGGAGGGACACAUUUCUGGAAAUAGAAUUGGAAGUAGUGUAGCAGCUUCCAGUGAUAAAAAGUUGGAGGUCAAUACUGACCAGACAGCUUCAUUGAGAAGUGAUGGAGCUAACCCACAAAACUUAACUAAUUGUUGUUCAGAUCAGGAAAAAGUGUCAGAGGAUCUGAAAAAUGAAGUCCCCAUUGACCAGAAUGAUGUCAUUUUGGUAAGUAUAAAAAAUGGCACACAUCCUUUCCUUGGAGGAAUGCACCAUUAUUCAGAUUAUGUGAAUUUGGAAUGUAAAGGGAAUAUUGCUUCUGUUGAAUCAGCCUCAGGUGGGAUGUCAUCUAGUGUCAGCAAUGAUUACAAAAAUACAAAAACAAAUACUACCUCACCUCAUGGUAAUUUAGUAAACAAUGUUGAAGAGAACAGAUAUGUUGAAGUUGAAAGGGUCCAAGAGAGCAGUAGUACAAGUGUGUCACCAUCUUCACAUUCUACACAUUGGCCCAGAAAGCGUAAACAUGAUGGAAAUAGACGUAGUCCAAGUAUCUCAAAUCAAGAAUGCUCACCAUCAUCCAAAAAAAGAAUGAUGAACUUUGACAAAGGAUUUCCUGGUAGGAAAUCAUCCAAUGUUUCAGUAGUAACUACGGAUAAUGCUGAUGAACCAAAGACACUAUCAUCUCACCAAAAUACUGCUGAAGGUGCGAGUUUUCUUACUUGGCAGCAGCAAGACUCUGCAUUAUCUUUGGAGAACAUGAGAGCUUCUAUUAUAACUUCCUCAAAUGUUGGAGAGGAAAUGACUUGUGUGACUUCAAACAAUACUUCCAUAUCUGUUUCUAGUCAGGAUUCAUGUCGUACAUCUAACAGCAAAGACAUUGUCACAAACAAUUCUAAUUCUUCUUCACAAGCAACAGAAAAAUAUACAGAUGCAGGAAAUAUUAAGAAUGAAAUUCCUGUAUCUGAAAAGAAUGUAACUGAAAACCAAAGAAUUGAUUCUGCUCUGAAUGCAACUUUUGAUCUACAUGGGUAUAACUCAGACACUGAUGACACAUGGGAGCCACAGGACAGUGUUGGCAAUAGUGACAGUGAUUUAGAUUACCAGGAGAUGACACCAGAUUCUGAUGUUUCAGACGAUACCAACGAUGCUUGGCAAAACACCAUUCACAGACAUCAGUCAGUGACUGUUAACACUGGCAACUCACAGUCACAACAUGAUGACACAUGGGAGCCACGAAUUAGCACGGAUGGCGACAGUACUUCGGAUGAUGAUGAUUCCUAUCUGUCGGAACUGGACAUUGACACUGACAGUAGUUAUGAAGUGCGAAUUCCUAUGUCGGUCGCUCAGCUUUUAGAUAAGUAUGCCUCUGAUGAUCAUGACUCGGAUGACAGCUGGACACCUCAUUGAAUCAUUAGUGGUAGUAGAUCAAACAUUUUAGUUCUUCAUUCUCAAUCAUCCACAGUUGUCUUUGACUGUUUAUUUAUUGAUAAUUAUAAAUGUUAUUGGACAUAUGACUGUUUAUUUAUUGAUGAUAAAUGUUAUUGAUUACUAUUCUUUGCAUCAGAUUACCGUUAUAAAGCAGAGCAUUCACUAAAGAAUGUAUCAGCCAAUUGUCACUAAUGUUUUGGCAUACAAGUGCUAGAUGGAAUGAAUUGUUCUUUGCUGAUGUCAAAUACAAACUGGGCAUCAAGCAAAACUUGCAAAAUUGAAUUUGCCUUCGUCAAGGUUAUGUAAAGUUAUGCCAUGGUGUGGUGCCUGUCCCUAACAACUUCCUUUUUAAUAGCUAAUAGAUGCAGCAUCAUGAUUUUGGACCAGUAACAUUCUGGGAUGUAGGUCUACCAGGGUUAUUUAAGUGGAAUGCAAUGAUACAGUUUAAUUGCCCUGCAGUAUUUUUCAAAUAAGUGACAUUGAUCUACUUUCAAGGAUAGUCAUCUGAAGUGUUGAAAUCUUUUAUUGAAUUCUUCUUCACAACUGUGAGGUGGAGGGUUAUGAUAUUGGACCAGUAGCAUUCUGGGUUAAAUGUUGACUAAUUUUGUCUUAAUUGAAUUAACCAUCAUCAUAUGGUUGACUGUUCAAAUCACCCUACUUCCAUGGUUCACCAUCCCUCCGUCCAUAAACAGUUCUUGUUAUCACUUGUCUUUCAAAAGUACUAGAUAGAUCAUUCUCAUAUUUUAUCUGUAGGUACCCUUUUGUCGUUUGAUAUGUUUUUAUAUAUUUUUUUUAGACUGAUAAGACUAAAGGUUCCUGACAGAUGGCCAUCUUGGAUUUCGAGAGCUAUUUGUAAUUGCUAUUUCUCAAGACAAACUACAUGGAUUAUUUUCAGAUUUAAGCUGGCUGACAGGGCAGAGGCAACUUUCUCAUGUUUUAGUUAUUGCAAAUUCUUGAGAUAAUUUGAACAAAUAAUUCUCAAUUUGGUUCCUUCGGUUAUUUGGUUUGUAUUAUUCAUUAUGAAGUGGUCAAAAUAACAAAGUUGUCAACCGCUUGCCGGUUGGUUUUUAAUCUUGAGAAGUACUUGAUAAAUAAUUUCUAUUUUAUCUAUAGGUUUCCUGUAGUUCCUAGUCAUACAGAUUUAAUUCAGGUUUUGGAAGAAAAGAGAAGGAACCCAUCUAAUAAAAGAACAAAUAAAGAUGUGUGAAGAUGCUAAGGGCCUUGUUAAUAACCAAGACCCCAUGGCUUUAAUUAUUUCACAUACAACAUGCAGUGUAUGUUUAAGAUGAACAUUAAGGUUACUAUGAUAAGCUUUUCCAAUAAUGGUGUUGUGCUAGAGAGCAGGUGAUCCAUCCAUGGUCCACAAUGAUUCAGAUUAAUGUAAGAAUAGUGUAAUGAUAGCAUACAUAUCCAAUGCUACACAAGUGAGAACCACUUAACAGCCUUUUUGUUCAGUUUUAAUUAAGUACUUAUUGGUUGGCCUGAGUAGUAGAUUUUUAAAUGCUGACCAGUGUAUGAACUGUUACAAUAAUGAAAUCUAUUUUUACAUCUACUUAUUUUUAUGAUUAAGAUGCAUGUAUGAAAGAUAUGAGUGUUUGCCAAAAUGGGUUUUGAAAUGUUUAAUUUAGUUAUGGUUUCUCUGAAAACAUUAGUAUGAAUUUGUUUUUGUUUAAAUUAUUAUACGCCCGUCAUAUGAUGGGACAUAUUUUGGUAUGGCAUUGUCUGUCCCUUGGUCCGUACGUCUGUCUGUACGUCCGUCUGUACGUCCGUCCGUUGUAAACUCUCCUUGUCCAGACCAUCACUUUGUGAGUCCUUGGUCUGUUGUCACCAUACUUUGUACACAUAUAUAUCUCAAGGUGACGGAGUGUCACGUAUAAAAAUUGCCCCUUUCGCAUGCAUAGUUUCUGAAUUAUUCCCCCUUAGUUGAUUUUUCGUAAACUUCCCUUUUUAGUGUAUAGUGUAUGUAAAUCAUAAGUUCACAUACUAUAUUAGCAAAUAGUGGUAUGACAUGGCUAAAACUUCCCCAAAUGAUAUUCAGAUUAUUCCAAGACAACUUAGUUAUUCAGUCAAAUACUGCUUCUCCAUCGAAGACUGGCCCUUGUUUCAUUAUGGAUUCUCAGAUCACUUGUAUGUAAAUUAUCUCAAUAUGGAUUUUAUGAAAACUUGGGGGUAAAUUCUCUCCUUAUGAAGUCUUCUGUGUUUAUUUUUUCUAUUUUGAUCAUAUCUUUUAAAAACAUACAUGAGUGAGAUUACAUGUCCAUGAAAACUACAAGUCUAUAAUUACAAUGUUCCAUGUUAAAAAUACUCAAACAACAAUGAAUUGGAUCUGAUAACAUUUUGCAUGCUUUCUUUGAGAAAGUUUGUAUAUGUAUUUAAACGACAAUCAUACUGUUUCAUAUUUCACUGUCACUGGUCUGAGUUAACAAUCAUACUGUUUCAUAUCAUACUGUUUCAUAUUUCACGUGUCACUGGUCUGAGUUCCUGCUUGUGAUAUGUACAACAUGAGUAUGAAACACAAGUACUUAAGUGCUUAUAAGAGUUUUGCAGAACCUUGUUUCAGUUUUUGCUGAUAAAUUGUUUAUUUUGUAAAGGUUACCUAGCUGAUGUUCUUGAAGAACAAGAAGCUUUUUUUUUCUCUUUUUUUUUGUUUUUUUGAAGCAUUGUUAUAUAAUGAAUAGGUGUAUAUUGAAAGAUAUUUAUUAAAGAUAAAGAUAAAUAUUAAACAAAAAAAUUGGUGGGUGCUAAGGUACCUUUGUUGUGCAUUAUUCUUUGAGGAGAACUAUCAAACUGUACACUCUUUGUCAUUUUGUUUAGUGCUUCAUUAGUUCAAGUGGUCCAAAGGACCUGUGAGCUGAUGAUGUGGUGCUGUUUAUGUUAAUGUUUUCUUCAAAUCACUAUUAGUCAGGAAAUUCUGAGCGGAUUUUGACCAAAUUUGGAAAGAAAUAUCCCUUGGGAAGUUGACAAUUGUGUAUAAACGAUGUGUUUGACUGGCAUAGGCCUGAUGGGCAGAGCAAAAAAAAAAAAAAAAAAAGAAAAGGAAAUGGUUUUAAAUAGUUUAAAAAAAUGUAUUUCAUCUUAAUGUAGUCUGAAGCAUCAUUAAGUGAAGAAGACUCAAUUUUGUAUAAAAAUUGAUUCUGACCUCUUUGGUGGCAAAGGUGUGGGGCCAAUAAGGAGUGCUUUAGGAUCACGAAAAUUCUUCAUUAACAACAGGUUUUUGUUCAAAUUAGGUCUAUUAAACGCUUGGUCAGACACCCAUCGGUCAGAGAGGUAAGGCCAGAUAAGGGAAAUAGAGGAAUGUACUUUAAAGUCAUUUUUAGCUCACCUGACCCAAAGGCUAUAGCGAUUCCGUCGUGUCCUUUGUCCCUCCAACAUCUGUCAACUUUUACUAUAUAUUGCAACUAUUCAUGAACGACUGAGUGGUUUUUAUUAAAAUUUGGUCCUUGUGAAAAGGUGAACCAGUUUUGUGUUGUAUCUUGUUCUUCAGGAAUUGCAGGGUAUUGUCCAUAUUUGGUCUGAAGCAUGCUGGGGUGAAGGGAAAUAAGUUUUGUAUAAAGCAUGGGUUUCGGCCCCUCUGGGGCUAAAGGAGCGGGCUCAAUAGGUAAAACAGGUACCAAUUUCUUCAUAAUCUAUCUUGUUCUUCAGAAAUUACAGGAUAUUGUUCAAAAUUGGUCUGGACCAUGCUUGAGUGAAGGAAGAUCGUGGCCCAACAGGAAACAUCAAACCCCUCAAUAGAUUUAGUUCAUUUUCAUAUCAUUGCUUUGCACCAUCAACAAUUUAUUGGAUCUUUUGCUCUUUGAAAGAGUUGUAUUCCCCAUUGAAUAACUACUAAGCAUUGCUGAGCAUUAGGAGAUAAACACAAUCAUAGCUUAUCAUUUGUCCUGAGGUCUGGUCCCACUCCAGGAUAGAUUAUAUCUUUGAAGCCAUUAAGAUUAUGAUCCCAUAACUAAACAGCAUUACUGGACAUCAAGAGAUUAAGAACUGAUCUCUGUCCCCACCCCUAGGGACUUCGAAGCAGUAUCUGUGGGGUGAGGAAAUAUUUUGAUUAUUGACCUUAAUAUCAAGGUGAGCGAUACAGGCCCUCUUGGCCUCUUGUUUGUAUGAAUGAGUCCAACUUUGGUGGGAAGCAUUCUUAGAUGAAAUUGACUCUUGUAAAAAAGUUUGGUCUGUCCCUUCGAGGGGCAAAGGGAUGGAGCCGAAUGAGGAAAUGGAUAUAAAUCUUCAGGAUUCUUUUCCAUAAGUAUAAAUAAAGCAAUGUUAGCCGAACGAAACCAGAUGAGUGACACUGACUCUAGGACCUAUUGUUUUGUUUUGUCCUGGCAAGAUCUUGUACAAUAAAUUUUCAGCUUUAGAUUAUUAAAUUGCUGUGAAGUUUAACUGCACUGUGUAACACACCAGAGCUGAAAGAAUGUUGCUUUAUGAAAUGUUCAGAAUUGUGACCAAAGGUUGGGACAUUGUAUGGUUCAUGUCAACCUCAAUUUUAUUUCAGUUUUUUUGUUUCAUGAAUUGUUGCAAAUUAUUGAUACUGUAUUCUAUUGUUAUAUUGUUUAUCUAU